UAGGUUUUCAAGAACAGGACAAAUUUCACAAAAAGGACCCUGCAUAUGCACAGUCCUCAGUCGUGGCAAGCUACAUCACAGUUCGGAGGUAGCUUUCAAGGCUUGCCUUUUUUUGGUGCUCUCUCUCUCUCCCCGUGCGCUCCGGUGGUGAAGGCACUGUACCAUCUCAUCGUAGCAAAUCCCUGUUCUUUUCGAGCCAAAACCUUCCCACGUACAAGAAUGGCCUUACAAACAGAAAACCCUCCUGCUACCCCCAGUGCCCAAGUGGUUGGAAACGCUUUUGUUGAGCAGUACUAUCAAAUUCUUCACCACUCGCCAGAAUCGGUCUAUAGAUUCUAUCAAGAUUCAAGUGUGCUAAGCCGACCUGAUUCUAAUGGUGUGAUGACCUCAGUGACAACCAUGCAAGGUAUCAAUGAGAAGAUUAUUUCCUUGGAUUACAAAGACUACAAGGCAGAGAUAAAGACUGCAGAUGCUCAGAAAUCUUACAACGAUGGAGUAACUGUGCUAGUAACUGGAUGUUUAACAGGCAAGGAUAACCUGAGAAGGAAAUUUGCGCAAUCCUUCUUCCUUGCUCCACAAGACAAUGGAUACUUUGUCCGUAAUGAUGUUUUUAGGUAUAUGGAAGAUGAUGAAUCAUUGUACAACCAUGCAGCUAAUGGAGUUGGUGUAAAAACUGUCCCCUUGACCCCUGACCAAGAGCCAAUUCAUAGUUCUGAUCCUCCUGCCACAGUUCAGGAAACUUCUACUUUGGAAGUGGAUCAAAAUGUUGAGGAGAAAUCUUAUGACUCGUCCGAGCAAGAAAUACAGUUGUCUUUUGAAAAAGAGGAUGUCAUGCUGUCUCAGUCUCAUUCAAAUGGUCAUGAUGUUUCCACAGCUGUCGAAUCAUCUUAUUCUUCUGGCCAAAAUGAUGCUCCAAAGAAGUCCUAUGCAUCAAUUGUUAAAGUUACAAAAGGGAGUUCAGGCCCAACUCAAGUUUAUGUACCAACUAAUACAAUAAAGGUGGUUCCCAAGAAAACUGAGAACCAGUCACCUGGGUCGGUGGCACCUACUUCAGUUCCUGAGGCAUCAGCCCCAAGUAGCGUUGGCACCCCUGAAAGUAGCAAUACUCAAGAUGAAGUUGAGGGCCACUCCAUCUACAUUCGUAAUUUGCCCUUUGGUGUGACAGUUGAGCAUCUUGAUUCAGAAUUCAAGAAAUUUGGGCCAAUCAAGCAAGGAGGCAUCCAAGUCAGAAAUAAUAAGCAGCAGGGAUACUGUUUUGGCUUUGUUGAAUUUCAGUCUUUAAGCUCCAUGAAUAGUGCAAUUCAGGCUUCACCUAUCAUAAUUGGGAGGCGUAAGGCUGUUGUUGAAAUAAAGAGAACUACAGCUCGAGUAGAUAUUAGUGGAAGAGCUAGGUUCUCUUCUGGAAGGGGAGGUUAUCGUAGUGACAGCUUCAAAAGCCGUGGGAGUUAUGGUGGUGGCCAGGCAUAUGGUAGAAAUGAGUACCGAAUCCAGGGUGAUUUUCCCGGUCGUGGGAGGGGCCAUGCAGGGCGUGGUGAGGAUUAUCAGCAAGGGAGAGGGAGAGGAGGACGUCCCAGUGGACCAAAGCAAAAUGCUUCCUCAUGAAACUCUAUGAGGUCAUUUUUAUCAUCAAUUUUUGAUAAAAUUGUUUCUGUGAUCAGUACUAUGAUAAAAAGAAGUGCAAGUCAUUUAGUUCGAGUAUUGGACUCUCUUGGUUGGGAGUGAAAAUUGAGACGAAUUCUGUAGUUUAGGGUCCCCCCCCCC